AUGAAAGAUACCCAGACCGUCAUCACGCCGCCACCCGGUGCUGUCGAUAAAUCACGAAAAAACGCUGGUGGAAAGCAGGCCGUGGAAGGACCCAAAACGUUCGCGUUCGAUAGGUCAUAUUGGUCUUUUGACAAACAUGCCUCUAAUUUCGCGAGCCAAGAUAACCUAUUCGAUGAUCUGGGUACGCCACUUCUGGACAAUGCCUUCGGAGGCUACAACAAUUGUAUCUUUGCCUACGGUCAGACCGGUUCGGGAAAGUCGUAUUCCAUGAUGGGUUAUGGCAAGGAAUACGGUGUCAUUCCGAGAAUUUGCCAGUCGAUGUUCGAGCGCAUCACUGCGAUCCAGCAAGACAAAAACCUGGGCUGCACGGUGGAAGUGUCGUAUCUGGAAAUCUACAACGAGAGGGUUCGCGAUCUGCUGAACCCCUCGAAUAAGGGCAACUUGAAAGUCCGUGAGCACCCGUCAACCGGCCCUUAUGUCGAGGAUUUGGCCAAACUGGUGGUGCGCUCGUUCGAGGAAAUCGAGAAUUUGAUGGACGAAGGAAACAAGGCCAGAACUGUCGCCGCUACCAACAUGAACGAGACUUCUAGUCGAUCUCAUGCGGUCUUCACCCUAACUCUCACCCAGAAGCGGCAUGAUGCGGAGACGUCGAUGGACUCGGAGAAGGUUUCAAGAAUCAGUCUGGUCGAUCUUGCAGGAUCCGAAAGAGCGAACUCGACCGGAGCGACCGGAGCCCGAUUGAAAGAGGGUGCGGAGAUUAACCGUUCGCUUUCAACACUGGGUCGUGUCAUUGCUGCUCUUGCGGAUGUGGCUGCUGGCAAGAAGAAAAAUGCGUCGAUGGUACCCUACCGUGACUCGAUUCUUACCUGGUUGCUGAAAGAUUCCCUUGGAGGUAAUUCCAUGACGGCAAUGAUUGCUGCAAUCUCACCAGCAGACAUCAACUUCGAAGAGACUCUCGGUACUUUACGAUAUGCCGACUCCGCGAAACGUAUCAAGAACCAUGCAGUCGUGAACGAAGAUCCUAAUGCACGGAUGAUCAGAGAACUAAAGGAAGAGCUGGCGCAACUGAGGUCUAAGCUUGGACCGGUAGUGGGUGCCGUGGGUGCGGGCGGAGCGGCGGCGGCGGCAGCAGGCGGAGUAUCUUUUGUUGAAGAAUACCCCCCGGACACUCCGUUGGAGAAGCAGAUGGUUUCUAUUCAACAGGACGAUGGCUCCGUUACCAAGGUCAGCAAGGCUGAGAUUGUGGAGCAGCUCAAUCAAAGCGAGAAGCUGUACAAAGACUUGAACCAAACUUGGGAAGAGAAGUUGGUGAAAACGGAGCAGAUCCACAAAGAACGAGAGGCGGCUCUGGAAGAACUGGGAAUUAGUAUUGAGAAGGGUUUCAUCGGACUUAGCACGCCCAAGAAGAUGCCGCAUUUGGUCAACCUGAGUGAUGACCCGCUGCUCGCCGAGUGUCUUGUUUACAACAUCAAACCGGGAACGACUAUGGUUGGAAACAUGGAACAGGGAAACCACGUGGAGAUACGGUUGAACGGUUCGAAGAUUCUCGCCAACCAUUGUACGUUUGACAAUGUGGAUAAUAUCGUCAAUGUUGUGCCGAGUGAAGGUGCCGCCGUCAUGGUCAACGGGUUACGCAUAGAUAAGCCAACACGCCUCAAAAGCGGCUUUCGGAUAAUCCUGGGCGAUUUCCAUAUCUUCCGAUUCAAUCACCCCCAAGAAGCUCGGGCCGAGCGAGUAGAGCAGAGUCUGCUGCGUCACUCGGUUACUACAAGUCAGCUAGGGUCUCCGGCACCAAACAAAACGCACGAUCGCAGCUUGAGCAAGACCGGCUCGGAGAUCGAUGGGGACUCCAGUAGGGCCGAUUCGCCAAUGCCUUCGCAGCCCGGUCGCGAGUCUGAUUGGCUUAACGCUCGCCGAGAAGCCGUCAGUGCUGUGCUGGGGCCUGAUCACAUUUCCCACAUGCCUGAUGAUGAGCUGGAUGCCCUGUUUGAAGACGUGCAAAAAGUUAGAAACACUCGCCGGGGACUUGCCGAGAACGAGGAGGACUCCGAUUCGCUCAGCUCGUUUCCUGUCCGAGACAAAUACAUGUCCAACGGUACUAUCGAUAACUUUUCGUUGGAUACUGCUAUCACCAUGCCGGGAACUCCUCGCCAACAAGACGACGAGGAGGGUCAAGAUGGAGGGGAUACGACGCUGCAAUCUGUACGCCAGGAUAUGCAGCGCCAGCUGGACCGACAGAAGGAGGAGUACCAGGAUAAGUUAAGAAACGCGGAGGUUUCAUCUAGCCAGGGUACAGACGACAUCCGCUCCGAAAAGACUCGCAUGGAAGUAGCUCUGCGAACGGCCAAAGAAGAAUUUGAGGAACAAUUGAGAAAACAAAAGGAGGAAUUCGAGUCUCACAUGAAAGAUAUGGGCCAACCGGUGCCCAAGAUUUACGAGAACGGCUUUGAAAAAUUGGAUCCAAAAGAGAUAGAAAUUGCGCACUCGGUCUUCAGCCAUUGGACGCAACAGAAUUACGUCCGCAUGGCAGAGAACGUACUCCAGCAUGCAUCGUUGCUGAAGGAGGCUCAGGUGAUGAGCCAGAUAAUGGAUAAGAACGUCGUUUUCCAAUUUGCGGUCGUCGACCAUGGACACAACAUGGCGUCUUCGUACGAUCUGGUCUUGAAUGGCAUCUCUGGUGAUGAAGAUGUUGUGCUUGACGAGGCCAAGAAACCCUGCAUCGCAGUGCGCGUAAUCGAUUUCAAGCAGUGCGUGAUCCACCUCUGGUCUCUCGAGAAGCUCCAGCGCCGUCUUCAAUCUAUGCGCCAACUGCACCAGUAUAUCGACCGGCCAGACUAUAUUCAACACUUUAAACUCGAGAAUCCUUUCUCGGAGCCCUGCUCCCCACAGUAUUCGCUGGUGGGUGACGCUGAUAUCCCACUGACGGCGGUCUUUGAGACACGAGUGCAAGACUUCUCCGUUGAAAUCACUUCGCCCUACACACAAAAUGUGAUCGGCAUCAUUAGACUGUCCUUGGAACCAUCCUCUGCUCAGGCGCCAUCGUCUACUCUGAAGUUCAAUGUUGUCAUGCGUGAUAUGGUUGGCUUUGCCGAAUGGGAAGGUACGGAGGUCCACGCUCAACUCUUCGUGCCAGGAAUAUCCGAGGAGGGAGGUGCCACUACUACUCAGAUGAUUAGUGGGUUUGAUGAAUCUCCUGUCCGCUUCGAAAGCGUUCACAGUAUGAGCCUACCGCUGUCCAGCCCGCGAAGUGCGGCCCUGAAGGUUUGCGUGUACGCGCGAGUGACACCCAUGCACAUGGACAAGCUUCUCAGCUGGGACGAUAUGCGCGACUCGGCAGAACCAGCACCCCAGAUACGCAAAACCCCUCGCAUCGCGGAGUCUGAAUUUUUCUCAGAAGAACGACACGAUGUUUUCGCGCGAAUGCAAAUCCUGGAGCUGGCCGAAACCGGAGAGUACCUUCCUGUCGAGGUGGUUCAGAGCAGCAGUCUUGAUGUGGGCACGUAUCAACUCCACCAGGGACUUCAACGUCGGGUCUUGGUAACCCUGACCUAUAGCUCCACCGAGAGUCUUCCUUGGGACAACCUCAACCACAUACGAGCAGGCUCAGUGCGUCUGCUAGACCCAUGGGGCAAGAUCCCAGACCAGGACCUUCAGACGCCGGAUGUUCCGUUGAAGUUCGUUCAGGAACCGAUGGUGAAAGACAAUGCGGAUGGAACAUCCAACGUUACGUUGAUCGCCCAAUGGGACUCUAGUCUGCAUGGCUCUCUACUCCUAGACCGAGUCACAGCCGACAAGUAUCGCGUGCAGGUAACGGUUCGGUGGGAUCUCAUUUCAUCGCGCUUGCAGGAUCCUGUGUCCUUUGACGUAGACUUGACGCUCCAGAUCCAAAGUCGAACCUAUGUGCGCCCACAGUCCAUGUUCAAGCAGUUUUUCAAUUCUACUCGAAUUGUACAUUCCACGGUUCGCAUGUUCUCCUUGGCUGUUCGACCCGUUUCUGCCAAACGCGCUGCGGACCUUUGGCGUAUGAACACUCAGAAUGAUUACGUGAAGGGCGAGGAGCUCUUGACAACGUGGUCGCCACGCAAAGUGUCACUGGUGCGUGAUUACAUCGCAGCCCGUAAGCGACGUCGACGAGUCGCCGAAUUGAAUGCUGCCAAAGGAGCCCUCAGCGCGAGUAGUCUGGUGGCAUCCCCUCCACGGAGCGGCCGAUCAACCCCCCUUCGCAGCCAGGAGAACUCAGAGCGAAAAGCCAAGUUGCUUCGGAAAUACGUGGAACUUUGGACCACGAAGACCGAUCCUAUCGAGGCGAUCCUUGUUCGGAGCAACACGGAGCCUCCUGACGGGGGCGCAGCGUUUGCCUCGCGGACCCAGCCAUCCUCGGGCGAUGAUUCCAGCUCUAUCUCUGACGAAGCAUCGCUAAAGCCGCGCUUCAUUGCAACCAUCCAGACUCUUCCAAAGAAUGCAUCUUCUUCGAAGAAUGGAUAUCUCUUGACGCCUGACGAUACCAGCACCCACUGGGUCCGACGCUUUGUAGAACUUCGCCGGCCAUACCUUCACGUGUACUCUGUUCCCGACGGGGAUGAAAUCAAUGCCAUCAAUUUGCGACAUUCACGCGUGGAUCACGCCCCUGAUUUUGCACGCCUUCUUGAUGGCCCAGGAGUGCGAGGCGAUAAUGGCUCGUCGCCCAAGGGACGGCCGAAUGUAUUUGCGGUGUAUGGAUCGCAGAACACCUUCCUCUUUGCCGCUCGUACCGAAGCCCAGAAGGUUGAAUGGAUCCUGAAGAUCGACGAAAGUUACUUCAGCCACGGGGGUAAGGCACCGAUCAACGGGUCUGGAUGA